AGCUUGAGCAGCCGCGCGCGCGGCGCCGAGGCGUGGCGUUCGGGGGCCGCGGCCCGCAGGAAGCCGGGCCACAUGCAGACGGCCGCCGUGGUGUGCAGCACGGUGCGCGGCCACGCUGCCGCGCUGCCGCAGCGCCACACGCAGCGGAAGGCCUCACUGCCGCGUCGCGCUUGCCCGCGCUGGACCACCCGCUGGACCUUGCGCCGCGCUGGCGCCAGGGAGCGCGCACCCUGCCGUCGGCGCCGCUCACGUCAUGGUGGCCCGCGCUGCCCCCGCCACUGUGGCGGCGCCGCCGGCGCUGGCGCUGAGACUGCCAAGCGCAGCUGCGGCAGGCGCCCCGCGCGGCGCAGCGCGGCCGGCGCCGAGCGCCGCGGGGACGCCUGGCGAGGAUGUCCUGGUGACCCCGCGCUCCCGGCCCUGGGCGCCAUCUGCUUGGCCG